GGACCAGGAGGGGGAGAAGGAAAGAGAUGGCCGACUAGGAGACUAGGAGGCAACGAUACAUUUGUUACUUCGUCGGCGAGAUACCUUUAAUAUUUGACAUUUACACAGCUGAAGUAGGAAGAGCACGUUUCGAACACUUCGCUCCUCUUCCACAAUGGCGGAACAAAACAGCAGCGUCAGAUAUCAGGAGCUGGUGAAUGAAGAGGAGCCAGCUCAGUCUUGCCAGGAGGGCCCUGCCCAGGAAGCACCACCUCCCUACAGCAGCAUUGCUGCAGCAAAUUCAGCUUUCUUUGAGUAUAAAGAAGAUGGAGGAAGAUUCCCCAACCCUCCAUCCUACAAUGUUGCCACCACUUUGCCCUCCUAUGAUGAAGCUGAGAGAAGCAAGGCAGAAGCUGCCAUCCCCCUGGUCACAGGAAGAGUCACGGAGGAAGACUUUGUGGCCAGAGAUGACUUUGAAGAUGUUGAUCAGCUGCGAAUAGGAAAUGACGGCAUCUUCAUGCUCACUUUCUUCAUGGCAUUCCUCUUCAACUGGAUUGGCUUCUUCUUGUCGUUCUGUUUGACCACAUCAGCCGCCGGGCGAUACGGCGCCAUCUCUGGCUUCGGCCUGUCUCUCAUCAAAUGGGUUCUCAUCGUCAGGUUUUCUACCUACUUCCCUGGUUACUUUGACGGGCAGUACUGGUUGUGGUGGGUCUUCCUGGCUCUGGGCUUCAUGCUGUUCAUCAGAGGAUUUGUUAACUACUCCAGAGUGCGUAAAUUGGCUGAUCCCACUUAUGCCACUCUUCCACGAACGAGGGUACUCUUCAUUUAUUAGAGGAUGUGGACGAAAAGGACAUGAAGAAGAUGAAGAGUUUAAAAUUGAAGUGAAGACACUUGACCAGACAAGUUCUAGAUGAUGACGACGACUCAAGACAAUAAAAUAUUCAGGAACUAUAUCACUUGUUUUUUUUUUUCGUUUUGAAAAUUUAUUAAUGAAAUUAAAGGUUAACAGUAAAAGUCCCUCAGUGUACUCAUUAGUGGCUAAUGUUAAGUGCUAUUUACAUUUGUUUGUAUGGAUUAGUAAUGCCUUAUAUCAUUUGAUGGUAGCAUAUGAGCAUGCAUCUGCCCUUAAAGUCAAAAAAUAGGGAGAGUUUGAUGUUGGUGACACUCGAAGCCAACUUUAGUACAACACUCUGUAGACUUGCCAUAGCAUGCAGCACACUUUGUAAUCUGCACUAGUGUCACUUCAUGGUUCUAUUGGGCUGUUUUUAGAUACUGCUUACUUAAAAAGUAGCAAGCUUUCAUCAGCAAAAUGCUAAUAUCUGCAUUACCACAUACUGUGUUUCACUCACCUGUUGGCUUUAAGAGGUGUUGCCAGUUUUUUCUUUAGCCAGGAGGGGGCAGUAUAGUCUGCAGCUUCUCAGUUAUUAUUCAUUAAGGAUAAGGAUAAACUUUAUUGAUCCCACAGUGGGGAAAGUUCACCGUUACAGCAGCUCCAAAGAAAAAGUAUAAAGGCAGUGCAGGAAUAGAUAAGAAAAAGAAACACAGUGCAAAAAUUGCAGAAAAAAAACAUUAUAUACAGAUGAUUUUUUUUUCUUAUAAAUAUCAUGUAGAAGAUUAUAUACAAGAGGAUGAGGUAUCAGUUAUUGCACUGAUGAGGUAUCAGUUAUUGCACAUAAGUAGGAGGAUGCAUGUCUAAAAUGGGGUCAGAAAAAAAGUGCAGCAGUAAACGGUACACGGUGGAGUUUAUAGUGCGGCAUUGUACAAUCUAACAGAUGCUGGAAUAAACGACCUGUGGAAGCGUUCCUUCUUACACCUAGAGAAGCGCCUUCAGUCUGUUGCCGAAGGCGCUUCUUAAGGAGUUCACAGUCUGAUGCAGAGGGUGGGAGGAGUUUCUGAUGAUAGAAGACAGUUUGGCCAGAGCCCUCCUCUCUCCCACCACCUCCAUGGAGUCCAGGGGCAUUUUCAUAGUAAAACAUGCUUGUGAUUCAAACACAGUGUUGGUGGAACACAUCUAAAUUACAUCCAUGUGUCAGAGGUAACAAUUUUGCCUGUCAGACGUUUUGUUGUACAUUAAAUCAGGUGAAACUAUCCAGCGUGGAAGCAGAAUUCAAGUUAAAGAUAUGGUCUUAGAAGCAUUUUUAAACAAGCCACAGCAAGAAAUCGGAUGACCACAAAUGUCAAGUGACAAACCCCAGAGCUGCUCUGUUGACAGCAAGAGGAUGCAGAAUUUUUGGACAGUGACAGCAGAGGACUCUGAUAAUAAGUCAAAUCAGAUCAAAUCAAUGUUUGGGUGUAUGAGCAUCUUCUGUUCCACGUCAUUAAUUUAAGACUUUCAUUCAUAUAGACGUAACAGUGUGACCUCCUUGCGACUCCUCAGGGAGUCACUCGACAUCCCAUUCAAUGUCACUGGAGAAGCUCUGUGAAUAUAGAAGAGUGUUAGCUGUCUGCACUGCAGCUGUUCAUGAGCUCAGUCUGACAUUUGGAUCACAUUAUCUAAAAGCAUAAAAAAUAACUUAAAUUCCACUUCCAGGUGAGUUUUUGCCUUAAGAUUUAAUUGAUCUGGAAAGUGUUUUUUUUCUUCUAAGGAUUCUUCAUCCUGUGUAAGACGUUAGCUAUCUUGUGGGUGUCAGUUAUAUCAAAGAAUGUUGUAUGCAGGUGCACUUUUAGAAACAUAACCAGUAAAACCCAGAGGAUGUUCCCAUCAUUAUAUUCAGUCAGACAUGUAAAACAAGGUGGAGCAGGAUGUUGUUUUUUGUUUUAUAUUAAGAGCAAAUUGAAUCAGUGGUUAACUUCAUAUUUCCGCCAUGGCUUUGAUUACAGACCAAUUAUGCUUAUUUCUAGGUGAUGUAGAGCUGCAGCCUUUGGGGUUUUGUUGUUCUGAAAUUGUACAGAAAAUGUUUAGUGUUCAAUAAAUGUCACUUUCAAUGCGU